AUGGCAAUUAACCAGCAUUCAGGGUUUGUUUUCUCUGAGGAAGUUGAUAUUUCUGAAUUAGAAGACGUUUUUGAAGACUUGGCUUUGUUACAAGUUUCUGAAACCUUUGAACAAGAUCAGAAAUUUGAUCCCCAAUAUGACGAAGAGUUGUCUCGCAUUUGUGAUCAAGUAGGAAGUGGUGUAUUAAAAAGAAUAAACAGUGGUGAAAUCAACAACGUGAGUGCAAAGCGAGUACGGCUUGAAGAACCAACGACAUCCCGUGGUAGCGCAGCAGCAGAGCAAUCAUCAACUUUGCAUGGAAACUUAGAGAAGUUGGCGAAAAAUUUAAAAGAUGAUGAAUUUCAUGAGCUAAGGCUUCAUUUUCCAAAUCAAAAUGACUUUGAUAGACUUCGUCAGAAAGGUGUCUUUCCAUACGAAUAUAUGACAUCACUUGAAUGUUUCGAUCUAACUUUCUUACCAAACAAAAAACAUUUUCGAAGUUCACUUACGAACAAUGAUAUUUCUGAUGCUGAUUAUAAUCGAGCUCUAGAUGUGUGGCAACAUUUUGGUUGUGAAAAUAUGUUAGAUUAUUCAAAUUUAUAUUUGAAAACUGACGUUUUAUUAUUAACAGAUGUAUUUGAAAAUUUUCGAAGGCUUUGUAUAAAAACAUAUGGUUUAGAUCCAGCUCAUUACUACACGGCUCCGGGGCUAAGUUGGGAUGCUAUGCUAAAAAAAACAAAUGUAAAAUUGGAAUUAUUAACUGAUAUUGAUCAAAUCGCUUUUAUUAAAGCAGGCAUUAGAGGUGGCAUAUCUCAAUGUAGCAACAGAUAUGCUAAAUCUAAUAAUAAAUAUUUAGAAGAUUUUGAUAAAAAUAUUCCUUCGUCAUAUAUAAUAUAUUUAGAUGCUAAUAAUCUUUAUGGGUGGGCUAUGUCACAAUAUUUACCUGAGGGAGGGUUCAAGUGGGUUAGUUUGGAUACAAAUUUUAAUAUUCCUGAUACAUCAGAGUAUGGAUACAUUUUAGAAGUCGAUUUAGAGUAUUCUCAAGAUCUCCACGACAAACAUUCAGAUUUCCCAAUGUGCCCCGAAAAUGUAAAUAUCGGCGGCACGAUGUUUAGAAAUUUGGUAGCAUUCUUGUUCUGUACAAGUUCAGCUCUGUAUGUCGAUGGAAAUGAUACUCAUUCGACGGCAACAUACGAUCCAGCCGAACUCUUGUCGAAUAUAUUUAAGCUGGAAAAUAACACACUCGGAAGAAGCGCACAGUUCACAACAAGAAAAAAACACGUGAGACAAUUUGAUGGAAGUUUAUCCACAUUUGGAUACAAUGGAUAUCCACCCCCACACUUCAACCAUGGUCUCUUUUAUGAACGUCCAUCAUUCGCCACGGAAGCUCUGUCUCGUGUGACGGAAGCCCUAACAUCGAUAGCGCUUUACGAUGAUUAUCAAUGUGUUCCACGUCUGCUGUGCGAGGCAGCCGGGGGCGGAGCCCUGGGCCCGUCUAAUCUUUUACAGUCUGUCGCGGGACUACAGCCACUUCUUACCCUUCUAUCAGGAUACAGUGGAAUCAGUUCAAAUCCUCUCUUCGUCUUUGGUAGAGCUGUUCUUCUAGGAAUGUCUUCAAAGGAGAAUCCGGGCACUUGCCGAUACGCUUACCAGCACUGUCCCACAGAUCCCGAGCAAUUAGUACAUUACCUCAAUAACCAUAACGGCGGUUUCUUCAGGUUCUUUAAUUCUCCUCACAACGGCCAACAGAAUGUGGAACAGUUUUACAAUCACCUGCAAGGGUAUGAAGCCCAGCAAGGCAUCGGUCCACAGAAUCUUGACAACGGGCAAUACGGGUUUUACCAACGACCGAGUGGAACCCAUGCCGCACAGUCCACACGCUAUGGUCUUUAUAAUUUCCAAAAUCAAAAUAAUUUCGGCUUUCAGACAAGCCCUUAUUACGCCUAUAAUCAACAUAGAUACGGACAAAUUGACCCCUCUCCUCACAGAUUUCAAAAUAGUCAUUAUAGCAGAGAAAUUCAGAAACGCAUUCAAAAUAAACCGAAUGAGUACAACAGUGACGAUUAUAAAGAGAACGAUCGCCCUUCAAAAUGGAUAUUUCCACAUAAUUAUCCUUCAGCGAACGAAGCUAAUACGGUUAAGAAUCGCAGAGAAAAGGCUUUCAAAUUUCCCAUCGUUGAAAAAUAUAUUUCAGAAGGCGUACGCGAUACUGGCUUUGUUUUUCCUAACGCUGACUACAAUCGGAAGCGAAUCGAAUACUUCAAUAAUAACAAUUACUAUCAAAAUGGGAACACAGACAAGAGCAAAAGCAGCGAAAACGACUACGUCACAGUGUAUGUCGUGAGGGGCAACGGAGACCCGAAAAAUCCUGAAAUUAUCAAUCUAAGGCAUGGAGAAACGUUGUAG